CUAAACGAUGAACAAUCAAGGGCAUUCAGAAUAAUAGCAGAACACAGUCGAGUGAACAAGCCUGAACCUCUGAGAAUGUUUAUUGGAGGCCCUGCUGGAACCGGAAAAUUGAGAGUUAUCAAUACUCUGAAAGAUUUCUUCGUCAAACAGAACCAAGGACGACGAUUCAGGCUUGCCUCAUACAUGGGAGUGGCCGCACGGAACAUCUCAGGCAUGACUCUACACGCAUCUCUCCUGUUAAAUCAAAGA